AUGGCUGAGUAUAAGCGAGCUAUGUUCCAGGAUGACGAAGCAACAGACACAGCUGGAGAUGGAAGCACCUCUCCUGACAGCGUGGAGAUGGGCUUCAGGAAAGGCGAUGGGCCCUUGCUGAGUCGCCUGGGCUCCCGGACCCAGCUCAGGCUGUUGCUCUAUGCCAUCUCUCUCUUCGUUGCUCUGCUGCUGCUGAGUUUGGUCAUUGCCAUGGGCAUCCAAUACAGUAAAGAUCCCUCACAUACCACUUGCCUGACUGAAGCUUGCAUCAUCGUGGCGGGUAAAAUCCUGGAGGCUCUGGACCGAGAGACCAACCCCUGUGAUGAUUUCUAUCAGUACGCAUGUGGGGGUUGGAUCAAGCGGAACCCGCUGCCGGACGGCCGCUCCAAGUGGAGCACCUUCAACAGCAUUUGGGAUCAAAAUCAGGCCAUCAUGAAACACCUGCUAGAGAAUGCAACUUUCAACUCCAGCAGCGAAGCUGAGAGGAAAACCCAGCACUAUUACUUAUCCUGCCUGAAAGAGCAGAAGAUCGAGGAGUUAGGCUCCCAGCCAUUGGUAGAUCUCAUUGAGAAGAUUGGAGGCUGGAACAUCACCGGCCCAUGGAAUCAGACCAACUUCAUGGAAGUCCUGAAACUGGUGUCUGGAACGUACCGGGCAUCUCCGUUUUUCACCCUUUUCGUGGGUGCUGAUUCCAAGAGCUCCAACAGCAACAUCAUCCAGCUGGACCAAUCAGGCCUUUUCUUACCAUCACGGGAUUACUACCUGAACAAGACAGCUAAUGAGAAGGUGCUGGCUGCCUACCUGGACUACAUGGUAGAGGUGGGGACGCUGCUGGGUGGAACCAAAGCUUCAACGGAAGAGCAGAUGCAGCGGGUGCUGGAACUGGAGACAGAGCUGGCCAACCUCACUGUCCCCCAAGACGAACGGCGAGACGACGAGAAGAUUUACCACAAGCUGAACAUUGCUGAACUGCAGGUUCUUGCCCCAGCCAUUGACUGGCUGGACUUCAUCUCCUACUUCCUCUCGCCACUAGAGCUAACUGAUGCUGAGCCUGUGGUGGUUUAUGGCAAGGAGUAUUUGCAACAAGUGUCCCAACUCAUCAAAAACACUGACCAAAGCAUCCUGAACAAUUACAUGAUCUGGAACCUGGUUCAGAAGACAGCUUCAACCCUGGAUCAGCGAUUUGAGGCAGCCCAGGAGAAGCUUUUGGAGACCCUGUAUGGGACCAAGAAGUCCUGCACCCCCCGCUGGCAAACCUGCAUCUCCAACACUGAUGACACUUUGGGCUUUGCCCUUGGAGCUUUGUUCGUAAAAGCCACCUUUGACCGGCACAGCAAGGAGAUUGCUGAGGACAUGAUCGCUGAGAUACGCACAGCUUUUGAGGAAUCGCUGGACCAACUUGACUGGAUGGAUGAGAAGACUAGACAAGCUGCUAAAGAGAAGGCUGACUCCAUUUAUGACAUGAUUGGCUUCCCAGAGUUCAUCCUCGAUGAUAAGGAGUUGGACGACGUCUAUGAUGGGUAUGAGGUCUCGGAAGACUCCUUCUUUCAGAACAUGUUGAACUUCUACAAUUUCUCUGCCAGGUUCAUGGCAGACCAGCUGAGGAAACCCCCUAACCGGGACCAGUGGAACAUGACCCCUCAGACAGUUAAUGCUUACUACCUGCCUACCAAAAACGGCAUCGUCUUUCCUGCAGGGAUCCUACAGGCUCCCUUCUACGCUCACAACCACCCCAAGGCCCUCAACUUUGGAGGCAUUGGCGUAGUGAUGGGACACGAGCUCACCCAUGCUUUCGAUGACCAAGGCCGCGAGUAUGACAAAGAAGGGAACCUGCGUCCCUGGUGGCAGAACUCAUCGCUGGAGGCUUUCCAGAACCGAACGGCAUGCAUGGUGGAACAGUACAGCAAGUACCUCGUCAAUGGGGAACAUGUCAAUGGCAAGCAGACCUUGGGCGAGAACAUUGCUGACAACGGGGGACUGAAGGCAGCCUACAAUGCUUAUAAAGUCUGGCUGAAAAAGAAUGGGGAGGAGAAGCACCUGCCCUCCGUGGACCUCACUAGCCAUCAGCUCUUCUUCUUAGGAUUUGCACAGGUGUGGUGUUCCGUACGGACCCCGGAGAGCUCGCACGAGGGCCUGGUGACUGACCCACACAGUCCUGACAAGUUCCGGGUCAUCGGCACCCUCAGCAACUCCCGGGACUUUUUAGAGCACUUUGAAUGCCCCAUCGGCUCCCUCAUGAACCCUGGGAAGCACUGUGAAGUGUGGUAGAAAAAGAGAAGGAACGAAAGAGAGGCUGCUAUUGGCAAGAGUCUGUACAUACAUAGAACUGCUCCAUGCACACAGCCUGGCCCGCAGGAACAACAGCUGAGCACUGGUGGUGGCCACUCCUUUGGGGAGCGUCUGGUGGUCUCGCCUUGCAGGCUUUGGUUGGUGUGGGCUCCUUCCCUUUACGGUGCCAGGAGAAAAGUGAGCUUAACUAGUACUGCCCCCUGAGUCCACUUCAUCGGGAGGGUGGUGGCGCAAAAGCACAGCCUCACGUCUCUUAGCCAGCUCUAUCACUCGCUCCAUCCUCUACGGGCCCUGCAAAGAGUCUCCAUACUCAGUUUCUUCUGCUGUAGUUCCCUGUCUUCAGCUCCUCCAGGAAAUGUCUCCCUGGCCCCCUGCGGUGGCCUUGUACCCCUGGCUUCUUGCUAUAUUUGUUCCACUUCUCUAAAUCAGGCACAGUUGUAGGGCGGAUAUACCUCAGCCUUUAUAAAGGCUGCUAUUUUCAGAGAUAGGUCUUUGGAGCCACCGUACGAAGGAGGAUGCCAUUGGCUAAUGAACCACUUAGAUUAUGGUGGGGAAACUGUGGCCCUCCGGGCGUUGUUGGACUCUGGCCCCCAUCUGCCCCAGCCAGCAUGGCCAAUGGUAUAAGGGGUGAAGGGGGCUGUUAUCCAGCAACAUCUGGAGGGCUACAGCUUUUCUAUCUCUGACCUAGACACUGGGUUUUUUGGAGCAGUGCUGAUUCAGUUGAGGAAUUUCAAGCAUACAGUGGGGCUAGUUAUGGAAGCUUCAGACCCUUUGAAGCUUAUCAUACCCCAGGGCUCAUAAAGGCAUCAGAAGAACCCUGAUGCAUGAAAGCAAGGUCCACCUAGCGCAGUGUUCUGUUUCCAGCAGCCCAGCCAGACCCUUCAAAGAAGCUUACAGGCAGAGCAUGAAGGCAGCAACCUCCUCCUGUUUGUUCACGCCAUCUAAUAUUGAGGUACACUGAUUCUGAACAUGGAGGUUCCACUUAGCUCAGGUCUAGGGAGCCUGUGGCCUUCCAAAUGUUGCUUAACUACAAAUGUCCAAAGAAGAAACAAGGCUGUAGUGUAGAACUGCUGGCCUGGGAUAUGAAGCCAUCUUAUUGGUAUUGCAUAGCAAAGGGAGAUGUCACACCACACAUGCACACGCACAAUCCCAUCCAGUCACUGUGGAAAGAUGAACCUCCUUCUAGCUAGCCUUGCACCUACCAAGUGUCCCACUCCUUCAGAAAGAGAAAUCCCCACUUCUGCCAUUAGAUCCCUGGGCAGGUGCAAAACACUAUCUUGAAAGCACAUUUAUCCACACAGCAGCUGGGGAUUAGGAGACUCUGAUCACAAGACAGAGAAGGACGGAAGGACCGGCUUAGUUCCGAGAUGUUUCCUUUAACCCUUUUCCAGGCUUAUUAUCAAUUCCAGACUAGCUUGGCUUAGAAGUUUUCCAAACUUGCUCCCAUCUCUUGAGCUUGGUGGGGAAUAGUGCCUUGGAUUAGUAUGUAUGUGUGUGCGUGUGUGUGUGUGUGUUGGGGGGGAUAUGC